UACUGCUAAACCACAGAUCAUUUUUUUGUUUAAUUAUGGAUGAACAUACCAUCCAUGACGACGAUAAGGACCGAGAUGCCCUCGCCGGCCUCAGCUCCGUCCCGCCUCCCCAACGGAAGAUCCAUUCCUACAGCCAGCAGCUACGUGCCAACUCCGCCUACAAGCGUCACCGUCAUGUCCGUAAGCACAGCCUCGAUGAAAUCUCCAAGCCGCCGGACUACUUCAACGACGAGUCUUCCGACGACGAGUUCUUCAAUCACUCCACUUCCAACAAUGCUCCCAAUGCCUCUGGCAGUUGUGCUACCGUCGAUGAUUCCCAGACUUUCCAGCCUUUCCAUCCUCUUCCGGAGUUCAUUGGUUCCGGAGGUGGCACCGGUAUUUUCAAGGUCCCAAUGCGUGCCACCGUUCAUCCCAGGCGCCCACCUUGCUUGGAGCUUAGACCGCAUCCUCUAAGGGAGACUCAAGUAGGAAAGUUCUUGAGGAACAUUGCUUGUACCGAUACUCAGCUUUGGGCAGGCCAAGAGAGCGGGGUUCGAUUCUGGAGGUUCGAGGAUGCUUAUCAGCCUGGCUUCGGUUCCAAAGUUCGAAGAGGCGACGAAGACGCCGCGCCUUUUCAAGAGUCCGCCAACACUCCACCCACAAUCUGUUUGCUGGUCGACGGUGGAAACAAAUUGGUUUGGAGUGGCCACAAGGAUGGCAAAAUCCGGUCGUGGAAGAUGGAUCUUCCUACAGAUGAUACUACUCCGUUCAAAGAAGGCUUGUCAUGGCAGGCGCAUCGUGGUUCAGUUCUUUCCAUUGUCAUGAGCUCCUAUGGUGACUUGUGGUCAGGUGGAGAAGGCGGCGUUAUUAAGAUUUGGCCAUGGGAAUCCAUUGAAAAAUCUCUUUCUCUUAGACCAGAGGAGAAACACAUGGCUGCUUUAUUGGUAGAAAGGGCAUUCAUUGACCUCAGGAGCCAAGUUACUGUUAAUGGCAACUGUAAUCUCUCUUCCUCCGACAUCAAGUACUUGGUUUCUGAUCAUGUAAGAGCCAAAGUUUGGUGUGUUCAGCCUCUUUCCUUCUCUCUAUGGGAUGCUCGAACCAAGGAUCUUCUCAAAGUCUUUAACAUCGAUGGUCAGAUUGAAAAUCGUGUUGACAUACCAUCGCAAGAUCAACAGGGCGUCGUGGAAGAUGAGGUGAAGGUGAAAGUUGUUUCCGGUACGAAAAAGGAGAAGUCCGGAGGCUUUUUGCAACGUUCCCGAAAUGCUAUAAUGGGAGCGGCGGACGCCGUCCGUAGGGUGGCAACGAGAGGAGCCGGAGCGUUUGCGGAAGACAAUAAGAGGACCGAAGCGCUAGUGCUUGCUCCGGAUGGGAGCAUAUGGAGUGGAUGUACGAAUGGCCUACUUGUGCAGUGGGAUGGGAAUGGAACUCGGUUGCAAGAUGUUAGCCACCACCCUUGUGCAGUACAAUGCUUUUGUGUUUUCGGAACACGGAUUUAUGUAGGCUAUGUUAGUGGGAUGGUCCAGGUGAUGGAUCUUGAGGGGAACCUGGUUGCAGGAUGGAUAGCUCACAAUGGUCCAGUCAUAAAAUUAACAACCAGCAACAAAUACAUCUUCAGCUUGGCUACGCACGGUGGUAUACGGGGAUGGAACGUCUCAUCUCCGGGGCCAAUCGAUGGCAUAUUUCGACAAGAACUAUCGGAAAAAGAACACAUCUACUCGAGACAAGACAACAUAAGGAUGCUUGUUGGAACAUGGAAUGUCGGUCAAGGAAGAGCCUCUCAGGAGUCACUUAUGUCAUGGUUGGGUUCUGUUGCAUCAGAUGUUGGCAUUGUUGUUGUUGGCUUACAAGAAGUGGAAAUGGGUGCUGGUUUUCUCGCAAUGUCUGCAGCUAAAGAAACCGUAGGACUUGAAGGGAGUUCUAUUGGGCAUUGGUGGCUUGACACAAUUGGAAAGGCCUUAGAUGAAAACACAACAUUUGAACGAAUGGGUUCUAGGCAGCUUGCAGGACUACUGAUUUCUCUUUGGGUAAGGAAGAAUCUUAGAAUGCAUGUUGGGGACAUCGAUGCUGCGGCGGUCCCAUGUGGCUUUGGUCGAGCUAUCGGCAAUAAGGGAGGUGUAGGUUUGAGGAUCAGAGUGCAUGACCGGUUAAUAUGCUUUGUUAACUGUCACUUAGCUGCACACUUGGAGGCAGUAAACCGACGAAAUGCCGACUUUGAUCAUAUCUUUCGAAAUAUGGCCUUCACCCGGUCGUCAAAUCUACUCAAUAAUGCAGCUGCUGGAGCAUCAGCUUCUGUUCAAACGGCUCGGGUCAAUAAUCCUGCUGGUGCUAACACUGAAGAAACAAAGCUUGAUUUAGCAGAAGCAGACAUGGUUGUCUUUUGUGGCGAUUUUAACUACCGCCUCUUUGGUAUAUCUUAUGAUGAAGCUAGGGACUUUGUUUCUCAAAGAUGCUUCGAUUGGCUUCGAGAAAAGGAUCAGCUCAGGGCGGAGAUGAAAGCCGGUAAGGUUUUCCAAGGAAUGCAUGAGGCCAUUAUCCGAUUCCCUCCGACCUACAAGUUCGAAAGGCACCGCCCAGGCUUGGCAGGUUAUGAUUCGGGAGAAAAGAAGCGUAUUCCUGCAUGGUGUGACCGAGUGAUAUAUCGUGAUAACAGGGCCGGACCGACGGGCGAGUGCAGUUUAGAGUGUCCUAUAGUUUCCUCCAUUAUACUGUAA